AUGUCUCCCUCUGCCGUCGACGUCCCACCCGCCCCUGCCGAGGUCCCGGCUGCGACCAAGGCCGUCCCUGCCAAGACCGAGGCUCCCAGCCAGCCGAAACUCGACAACGGCAGCGACCCCAACACGGAGCGGCCGGCCCUCUUCACCGGCCACAAGGAGGCCCUCAAGCUCAGCGGCGCGCUCGACCAGUUCAAGUCGUUUGACGUGACGCCCGUGAUUGGCCGCGAGUUUGCCGGCCCCGACGUCGACCUGGCCGCGUGGCUGCGCGCGCCCAACGCGGACGAGCUGCUGCGCGACCUGGCCAUUACCAUCUCGCAGCGCGGCGUCGUCUUCUUCCGCAAGCAGGACAACGUGACGGACGCGGUCCAGAAGGAGCUGGUGCAGCGGCUGGGCGAGCUGUCGGGCAAGCCGGCGACGUCCAAGCUGCACAUCCACCCGAUCAACAACGCCGGCGUGCGCCAGGACGCGGCCCGGGACGUCGCCGACAAGGGCGACCACGACGACGAGAUCUCCGUCAUCUCGUCGGUGCAGGCCAAGAAGCUGUUCCAGGACCGCUUCCAGCAGCCCGUCGGCGCCUUCAGCUCCAAGCGCCAGAGCGGCCGCGACCAGUGGCACUCGGACAUUACCUUUGAGCCCAUCCCCAGCGACUACGCGCUGCUGCGCCUGACCAAGCUGCCCGCGACCGGCGGCGACACGCUCUGGGCCUCGGGCUACGAGCUCUACGACCGCAUCUCGCCGACGCUGCGCGCCUUCUUGGACACCCUGACCGCCUACUACGCGCAGCCCGGCUUCGAGGCGUCGGCCGCCCGCAACGGCUUCGAGCUCUACGCGGCGCCGCGCGGCGCCCCCGAAAACGUCGGCAGCGUCCUCGAGGCCGUCCACCCCAUCGUGCGCACCAACCCCGUCACCGGCUGGAAGUCCGUCUUUGCCGUCGGCCACCACGUCCAGCGCAUCCACGGCCUGUCGGACGCCGAGAGCCAGCAGUUCCUCGGCUGGUUCAACCAGCUCAUCGUCGACAACCACGACCUCCAGGUGCGCCUGCGCUGGCAGGACGUCAACGACCUCGCCAUCUGGGACAACCGCAGCGUCUACCACGCCGCCACCCCCGACUACCUCUACGAGCACGGCCUCGGCGAGCGCUCCGGCAGCCGCGCCGUCAGCCUCGGCGAGAAGCCCUACGUUGACCCGCAGAGCACCAGCCGCCGCGAGGCACUGGAGAAGGAGUGGGCGGCAUCGCAGUAG